AUGCAGGCUGCAGCUGGCAAACAUCCGGCAGCUUCAGAGGUGGCACGCAAUGUCUUUCGUCGAGAGGGCUUACGCGGCUUGUAUCGUGGUAUGGACACGCAGUUGCUGAUAGCUCCGUACACUGUCGUCUACUACAGCCUUUAUGAUGAGCUGCGGAAGCUCCAAAGUGAUCAUCCUUUGGCUCCUCUUAGUGCUGCGGUGGUAGCACGCACUGUCGAGGUGACUUUGCGAAUGCCCCUAGAGUUGCUUCGCACCCAGCUGCAGUCAGAGGAAGGCAACCUUCGCCUGAGAACUUUGCUAAAGGAGCAGCGACACAAGCCGAUCAGUUCGUGGAUGCAAGGGUAUUCCAUGACAUUGCUGAGAGAUGUGCCAUUUAGUGCUAUUUAUUGGUUUGCCUACGAGUUUGUGAAAGAGAAGCUUCCCGAACCGGAGAUCGUCUCCAGUACUGGACUUGCCUGGUUCUUGACGGUGAGCUCCUGCGAAACUUGCCUCUGGGUGUCCUCUGCAGCAGUUCGACCUCAACGAGAGGAGAUCCCUUUUGACGAACUCGAGCGAAUGCAUGUGCUGGGCGAAGGUGGCUUUGGCGCUGUGUAUCUUUGCCACAGGAAAAACAAGCCAGGCAUUGAGUAUGCGCUCAAGCGACUUUCGAAAGGCUACAUUGUCCAGGCCAAUGCAGAGAAGCAGGUUUGUGCAGAACGCGAUAUCCUUUCAAUGCCAGUCUACAUGCUAAUAGAGCUGGUGCCUGGUGGACACCUGUACCAGCUGCUUUGCGACAAGCCGCAGGUCUUGCUUUCUGACAAGCCUCGAGGCUAUGCGGCCAUGUUUUACAGUAGCUGUGUCAUUUUGGCCUUUGAAUAUUUGCACGAGCGGCGCAUCGCCUACAGGGACUUGAAGCUUGAGAAUGUCCAGGGCCCAGUGCUUUUGGACAGCACUGGCUAUGCCAAGCUUUGUGAUAUGGGCUUUGCACGCUUUGUUUUGAGCAAAACCCACACUCUCCUGGGAACUCCAGAAUAUAUGGCUCCCGAGAUGAUAGAUCCUCCACAUGGUCACAACCACAUGGUGGACUGGUGGGCUCUUGGGGUCUUGGUUUUCGAGAUGCUCAGUGGGCAGGCUCCCUGGGACAACAUGGGCUACGAUGACAACCCCAUGGGGCAGCUACUAGCACUGCGAGAAAGCCAAAAUCAGGGCUUGCCAGACGGCUUCCUGCCUCCCUCGCUGAUCCUUGCGAGGGACUUUAUCAAGAAGCUCGUCGUUGUCAAGCCCGAGAGAAGACUAGGUGCACAUGGAGUGGAGGAGGUGAAGAAUAGUGGCUGGUUCAAAUCUGGCACCUUCUCCUGGGAGCGCUUGGUGGCCCGGCAAAUGUCACCUCCAUACCAGCCUCCAGCUGCGUGA